CGCGCGAUCCACGGCCCCCGCCCCCCGCGCUCCUGUCUGCUCUCCCUCUCCGCAAUGGCGACGCCCUCGGCCGUGGGCGCCGCGUGCCUCCUCCUCGCGCGGGCCGCCUGGCCGGCCGCCGUCGGCGACCGGGCGCGCCCGCGGCGGCUCCAGCGCGUGCUGCGCCGCCGGUGCGUCGCGGAGCUGAGCAGGGAGGGCCCCGCGCCGCGCCCGCUGCCACCCGCGCUGCUGGCGCCCCCGCUCGUGCCCGGCUUCCUCGCGCCGCCGGCCGAGCCCACGGGUGAGCCGGCAUCGACGCCGCCGCCCGUGCCCGACGCCGGCCUGGGGGUCCUCGGUCUCGAACCUGAAGGGAUUGCUGAAGGUUCCAUCGAUAACACAGUAGUUGUGGCAAGUGAGCAAGAUUCUGAGAUUGUGGUUGGAAAGGAGCAAGCUCGAGCUAAAGUAACACAAAACAUUGUCUUUGUAACUGGCGAAGCUUCUCCUUAUGCAAAGUCUGGGGGUCUAGGAGAUGUUUGUGGUUCAUUGCCAGUUGCUCUUGCUGCUCGUGGUCACCGUGUGAUGGUUGUAAUGCCCAGAUAUUUAAAUGGUACCUCCGAUAAGAAUUAUGCAAAUGCAUUUUACACAGAAAAACACAUUCGGAUUCCAUGCUUUGGCGGUGAACAUGAAGUUACCUUCUUCCAUGAGUAUAGAGAUUCAGUUGACUGGGUGUUUGUUGAUCAUCCCUCAUAUCACAGACCUGGAAAUUUAUAUGGAGAUAAGUUUGGUGCUUUUGGUGAUAAUCAGUUCAGAUACACACUCCUUUGCUAUGCUGCAUGUGAGGCUCCUUUGGUCCUUGAAUUGGGAGGAUAUAUUUAUGGACAGAAUUGCAUGUUUGUUGUCAAUGAUUGGCAUGCCAGUCUAGUGCCAGUCCUUCUUGCUGCAAAAUAUAGACCAUAUGGUGUUUAUAAAGACUCCCGCAGCAUUCUUGUAAUACAUAAUUUAGCACAUCAGGGUGUAGAGCCUGCAAGCACAUAUCCUGACCUUGGGUUGCCACCUGAAUGGUAUGGAGCUCUGGAGUGGGUAUUCCCUGAAUGGGCGAGGAGGCAUGCCCUUGACAAGGGUGAGGCAGUUAAUUUUUUGAAAGGUGCAGUUGUGACAGCAGAUCGAAUCGUGACUGUCAGUAAGGGUUAUUCAUGGGAGGUCACAACUGCUGAAGGUGGACAGGGCCUCAAUGAGCUCUUAAGCUCCAGAAAGAGUGUAUUAAACGGAAUUGUAAAUGGAAUUGACAUUAAUGAUUGGAACCCUGCCACAGACAAAUGUAUCCCCUGUCAUUAUUCUGUUGAUGACCUCUCUGGAAAGGCCAAAUGUAAAGGUGCAUUGCAGAAGGAGCUGGGUUUACCUAUAAGGCCUGAUGUUCCUCUGAUUGGCUUUAUUGGAAGAUUGGAUUAUCAGAAAGGCAUUGAUCUCAUUCAACUUAUCAUACCAGAUCUCAUGCGGGAAGAUGUUCAAUUUGUCAUGCUUGGAUCUGGUGACCCAGAGCUUGAAGAUUGGAUGAGAUCUACAGAGUCGAUCUUCAAGGAUAAAUUUCGUGGAUGGGUUGGAUUUAGUGUUCCAGUUUCCCACCGAAUAACUGCCGGCUGCGAUAUAUUGUUAAUGCCAUCCAGAUUCGAACCUUGUGGUCUCAAUCAGCUAUAUGCUAUGCAGUAUGGCACAGUUCCUGUUGUCCAUGCAACUGGGGGCCUUAGAGAUACCGUGGAGAACUUCAACCCUUUCGGUGAGAAUGGAGAGCAGGGUACAGGGUGGGCAUUCGCACCCCUAACCACAGAAAACAUGUUGUGGACAUUGCGAACUGCAAUAUCUACAUACAGGGAACACAAGUCCUCCUGGGAAGGGCUAAUGAAGCGAGGCAUGUCAAAAGACUUCACGUGGGACCAUGCCGCUGAACAAUACGAACAAAUCUUCCAGUGGGCCUUCAUCGAUCGACCCUAUGUCAUGUAAAAAAGGACCAAAGUGGUGGUUCCUUGAAGAUCAUCAGUUCAUCAUCCUAUAGUAAGCUGAAUGAUGAAAGAAAACCCCUGUACAUUACAUGGAAGGCAGACCGGCUAUUGGCUCCAUUGCUCCAAUGUCUGCUUUGGCUGCCUUGCCUCGAUGGACCGGAUGCAGUGAGGAAUCCAGCCGAACGACAGUUUUGAAGGAUAGGAAGGGGAGCUGGAAGCAGUCACGCAGGCAGCCUCGCCGUGAUUCAUAUGGAACAAGCUGGAGUCAGUUUCUGCUGUGCCACUCACUGUUUACCUUAAGAUUAUUACCUGUGUUGUUGUCCUUUGCUCGUUAGGGCUGAUAACAUAAUGACUCAUUAGAAAAUCAUGCCUCGUUUUUA